UAGUCGCAUGUGUUACAUUAUACACGAAAAUUAAUCAACAUACAUUUCUACUAUUAUUAUUUAUUUUUCAUUUCAACUUUUUGUUAUUUUGAAAAAAGAAAAAAAUAAAAAAAAAAUAAAAUAAAAUAAAGUAAAAUAAAAAAAAUUUAUUUCAAAAAUUUUUUAUUAUUUAAUCAUCCGAAAGAAUAUAUAUGUAUAAUGAUAAUAUAUAAUAAUAAAGAAAAUUUACACAGAAAAAAAAAAGUUUAAAGUAAAAAUAAAAAAAAAAAUAAUAUAUUAAGUUGAAAAUAGAAUUACAUCAUCACGAAAAUAUACCAAAAGUGCUUAUCUAAUAAGUUAAAAAAUAAAAGAAAAAAAUAAAAUUUAAGAAAAGCAUAAAAAUACAUAAAAAUUUAAAAAUAAUAACAGAAAAAAAAUAAAAAUUAAAAAGCAGAAACAAAAAGAAAAAGAAAUGUACACUAAUUAAGCGCUUAAAACAAAAAAAAGUGUUCAAAAGAAUCGAAAAAAAAGAGACAGCAAAAAAAAAAAAAAUUGUACAAAAUUUUUUUUUUUUUUUAAUUUUCACUAUUGAAAAAUUCGAUUUGAUUUCAAUUUGUUUUUAAAAAUUUUCGAUAAACAUUUUUGUGUUUUUUUUUUUUUUUUUUUGGUUUUCUAAAAAGUUUACAAAUACCAAUCACAUAUACAUAUAUAUAUAUCCUAUAUCAAAAGUGUAGAAUAAAUGCAUAUUUGCAUUUUUAUAUUACAUUAGAAACGAGAAUAUUUUUUUUCAAAUUUCACUUCAUAAAAAUGCUCAAUUCUUAAAGUAUUUUGCUUUUUUUCUCUCUCACACCUACCUACUAUACUAUAUUACUGCAAUAAUACAAUUUUCUACAUCAUCACACAUUUUUAUUUAUAUUGUCAUUACAAUAUUAUUGUUGUUGUCGCAUAAUAUGGGCUGCUUUUGAACCGGGACUGCGUAACAGAAGAAGGAAUGUAAAAAGUGAAAGAGAGAAAAUAACAGUAAAAAAAAAAAAGAAAAAGAAAAACAAACAAAAAUCGAGAAAAAAAGAACGAAACAAUAUAAAAGUCAUCAACUCAUCAGAAUUUUCCGUUUUUAUAUUUUCUUCUUCAAUUUCCAUAUAUAACAAACAAGGAAAAACAAAUAAAAAAAUAUAAGAGGCAAAAAGGAAAAUUUUGAAAACUUAACAUAUACCUACAUACAUAUACAAAAUAAGAGAACACAUAGAAAAGUUAACUAUUAAAAAUUAUUCUGGAUUAAAAGGAGGAAAAAAACGAAACAAGAAUAAAAGGAAAAAAAAACCAAAAAAAAAUAUUCUUUUAUUGGUGCUUUAUUGAUUAUUUGUGAAACGUGUAUUGGCGGUGGUGAUUUUUAAUUAAUUUGCAAAAAAAAAAAAAACAACAAAAACACAACACAAAAAAAAAAAAAACAAAAGAAGAAGGAAGAAACAAAAACAAAAAAAAUCAAUUAAAACUGGAAUAAUUUUUUAAAUGGGAAAGAAAGGAACGAAGAAAAGAACUCAAUGGCGCACAUUAUCAAUAACAGAACAGGACGAAAUAAAUGCGACAACUGGAACAGCAUACAUUUCAAAUGGGAACAGUACCACCGGAAUAAAUAUCGACGAAGCUUCUUCAGUAGAUGACAAUUUUAAAUAUUCUGGAACAAAUUUCUCGUACUUAAAACGAAAAUCAUCUGCAUUCAGUCCAUCAUCGAAUAAUUAUAUUAAUAAUAAUAAUAAUAAUAAUAAUAGCAAUAGAAACGAUCACUUUCGAAUUAAUAGUUAUAAUACAAAUUCAAGUUACUAUUAUAAUAAUAAGCACAAUAGUAGUUCAAUCAACAAUAAUAAUAACAAUAGUAAUUUUAUUGCAAUAAAUACCACCAGUAACGCCUCUAGUGUCAAUAAUGAUACAACAUUAACAACAUUAAAUCCAAAUAAUAUUAGAUAUACAAGAUCAUUAUCAUCAUCUUCAAGAUAUUCAUCAUCUUAUAAUAACAAUAAUAAUAAUAAUAGUAAUAAUAAUAGACGUAAACCAUAUUCGAUGCAAAAUGGUGGAUCAUUAUCGUCAACAAAAUAUUAUUCUAGUUAUGGUGCUGGACGAGCGACUAGUCGAGCAAACCGGACAUCAUAUUCAUCAUAUAAUAGAAAUAAUUUAAAUAAAACAUCAUCAAAUAAUGAAUUAUCAUCAUCAACAUCAUCAUCAUCAACAGCGGCAAAUAAAGAAAAUUAUCCGAAACCACUUUUUAAUGAAGACGAGUACACACGAAUAACUACCCCAAGACAAGAUGUUCUAUUUAAAAAGGGUUAUUUAUCGAGACCGAGACCAUCAUAUUUAUCUUCAACCGAUACAAAUACAAAUUCAUCAGCAACAGCAAGUAUUGUAUCCGAAGAGUCAGGAUCAACAGCAACAAGUGUACCUUCAUCACUAAGUCCAGAACAAUGUUCAUCAAUUCAUUCUGAUUCAAUAGUAGAUCCAGAGCAUGCUUUUAUGUAUAGUUACAUUGAUCAAAAUGGUAUUCUAUAUGUUAAUCCUUUCGUGCCCCCUAAUAGCUUUGAUCAUUAUCCUGGUCAAAUGUUUAUGAUGCCUUAUGGUUAUUCGCCUUAUAAUUUCUGUCCUCCAGAUUUAAACACACCAUCAAUAUCAGAUGUCGACAAUGAAACUGUUGAACAAGGAUUUCCAACAGAAGAUGAAAAGAAAACUUCCGAUGAAAUGGAUGAAAACUCCAAGGAAGAAAAAACGGUUAUAGAUUCAGAAAAUGAAGAUGAAACAAAAGAAAAACAAUCUGAAACUGAUGAGAAAUCAGAAGAAAUGGUUACAAAUGAAAAUGUUGAGUGCAGUAAAGACAUUAAUGAAAAUACCGAAAUUUCUAAGGAGCAAACAGAUGAUUCAACAAAAGAGCAACAAAUAGAUAAAAAACAUCAACACAAUAAAUGUUAUCAUCCACAUAUGAGAAGUAAUUGUGAUCCAAACUUUUUUAAUUUCGGUUAUGCCGGUCCUCCAAUGUAUCAACCAAUAUUCUAUCCAAUCAAUUUUUAUGGCGGACAACCAAUAAUGCCAUUCAUAAGUCCUCCUCCAUACGAAGCUCAUCCUGGCAUAAUUAGUGAAGAAUCCAUAACAACAAAUGGUGAAGGUGAACAAAUUGAAGAAAUUACAGAAAGCGUUGACAAAACUGAAUGUAAAAGCAUAGUAACGUCAGAUUUAGUUGAACAAAAAGUCAAUCCAACCGAAACAGAAAUGAUUUUCAAAGAGAACGACGAAAUAGAACAAACUAAUGAAACUCUCAAGGAAGAAGAAAAUUGCAGUUCUAUUACUAUUCCAGCAGAAAACGCAACGCAGAUACAAAUCUCAAGUGAAAAUGUACAAUCAUGUGAUGCUGAUCAAAUCGAAUCACCAAAUAUUAAAGAGACUGAAAAUAACCAGCAAUUUAACGUUAAUAAUCUUAACGUUAAUGUGGACGAGUUCGUGCCUAGAAAACCACACUUAAAUGUCAAUGUUAAAGAAUUUCAACCGAGAUAUCUUCAACAAAAUGACGACAUUUCAAUAUCAAAUAAUUUGGCUUCUCCUGUGAAUCAAAAUGCAGAAACAAUACUCGCAGAGAAAGUUAACGCAAGUCCUUCCAAAGAUAAAUUCAAAAUUGAGAAUUUAGAUUUAAAGAAACCCAAUGAAGUUUCAGUAGAAGAGAAAAAUGUUAAUGUUAAAGAUAGUAUUAAAUUAUAUUCGACAAAUGUAGUUGAAAAAAUACAAGAAUCUAGUCAAAAGCCAGUUCCAACAUUAGCUGAACAAAUAAAGAAAUCUCUAGCAGUGCAAAAUGACCAAAAUUUACAAAAUGUACAACAACCCAAGGUCUUCCAGAACAGUAAUAAAAAUUUAAAUGAAACUAAUAACAAAAUAGAAACCAAAGACACAAAAUCUAAUUUCAAAAAUAAAGAUAAAGCUGCAAAAAUAAAUAAUAAAUCAAGUAAUCGAAAUAAAAAUAAUCGCAGUUACACUAAUAUGAAUUCCAAUUCUGAGAAAAAUGUCAAUGUUAAUAAGAAAAACAGUACUACUGAAAAUGUUAAGGUAACCAAAUCUUCUAAUACAGUACUUGAACAAGAGAAAGUUUCAGCUAAACCAAGUAAUGUUGAGAAAUCGGUUCCAUCACUACCUUCAACAAAUGUACUUAGUUAUGCACAAAUGUUAAAUAAAGACCUCAUACCUGCCGAAGAAAAAGCAACAAAUAAAGAAGCAACUUCUACAAAUACAAAUGCUGCCAUAUCAACAGAAGAAAAUGAUUUGGAUGAUGCUGAGGUUCAAAGAUUAAUAAAGUCGCUCGAGACUGCCGAAAAAUUAACUGCCAUGAAGGAAAAUAUUAGCUGGCAAACUGUUAAAUCUCGUGGUAAAAGAAAUAAACAUUAUAAAGAUUAUAGCGGCCAAGUAGAUAAAGAAUUCAUAGAUUUAGAUUUUGUAGAAAAAGAAAUGACAUUACCAGUUGAAGAAAAUAUUAACAUGGAUGAUAUACAGGCUGACGAAGUACUCGAAACUAAAACUAUUCAUAGUGAAAAUGCUACUAAUGUUGAAAACAGCGACAUUUCUCAAAUAGAUGAAAAUAUUGAAACAACGUCUGCAACUGGAUUAAAUUCCGAAAACAAAAGUACAGACAAAAAGAAAUCCAAACAAAAGAAUAAAAAAUCUACAAAGAAAACUCCUAAUGCCAAAAAGACUGCAGUUAAGGAUAAAACACAAGUAAAUCCUGGAUCGCAUAUAGAAAUUAAUGAAAAUGUAAAUGAAAACUUGGAACUUCCACUUACAAAACUUAAUAAAACAGAAACUGAUAAGAAUAUAGAAAUGGAAGAUAUUGAUAAUGACACACUUGCCCUUAAACUCUACGAAGAUUUGGAGAAGGAAUUAGAUUUAAAAUUGAAAUCCAAUUUAGAGGAAGACGAAGAUGAUAAUGAAGUCAAUGAAAAAAUAAUUAUGGGAAAUUCACCGGACUUAUUAAUGAAACAUUCAGCACUAGGUCGUAAUUUAGAUAUGUUAAACGGUUUUGAUUAUAAAUAUAAGACUAAAAAUAUUCUAAAGGAGGAGGAAGAAAUGGUAUUGAAUGUCAUAAAAUCACUAUCUAGUAAUGGUUCUUCACCAAUCGGUUGUAACAAAAAGUCUGAUAAUAUAUUUAAUGCAAGUUUUAUUGCAUUAAAUGGCUGUAAUCAAUCCUCUGUUAUUGCAAAUAAUAGUUUAGGGAAUAUAAAAACAAAUUUAAGCGAGGAUCCAAAAAACUUGAUACGAAAGUCUUCAUGUUCGGAAAAUACAAACACCUCAACUCCAAAUUGUGGAAAAUUUGACCAAGAAAAUAAUAUUAAUUUAGUUGAUGGUGUUUUAAAUACUGUUGCAGAAGUAAAACAGCAUGAAGACUCUAAUGGUACCAAACAAGCAACAGUUCCUAGUCAAUUAAUAAAAUCAGAACAAGCGAACUCGGAUUAUAUUCAAAACUGUAUAAAAGAAUCCUUAAAAUGGAUCAAAAAAAUGGAGUCCGUCGAAAAAUCAAUUGAUAACUUGGAUGUUGUACAGUCAUCUAUAAACGGAAAGGUUAUAAAUGUGAAAGAAGAUGAAAAAAAAUUGACCUCAUUUUUAUUAAAGCAAAAUGAAACAGUUAAGGCGACACAUUUAAAAGAAGAAACUAAAAGUGAACAAGAGCCUAAAACAGAAAAUGAUGAUAAAAAAAAACUGCAGGAAAUAAUUAAGUUGCAGGAAAAAUUGGAAAAAGAUCAAUUGAAUGAGGAUCACUCCAAAACAACUGUCGAAUAUGUUAAAAAUGAAAUUUCUGCGCCGUCAGGAGAACUAGAGCCAUUUUCUUCCAUGAUAAGUGAAAAUGCAGAUGAAGUCGAACAAAUGUACGAAAUGCCAGAUGCAUUGACUGAAAACGGAAGUGAGAACAUCAGUAAUACGAAGGAAUCACUGCAUAUCGAAGAAAAAUUAGAAAAUUCUGAAAAUCAAAUGAUACAAAAUGAUGAAAUUGAUAAGCCAAGAGAAUGUUUAAUUUUAGGAACUACAAUAAUUGAGGAAACACCAAAAGCUAUUUCUACUAAAUUUGGUGAAGUUAGUGCCACUGAACAACAAAUCCAAAGUGAGGAGGAGAUUGUAAUUGAGAAUGUUGAAGAUGACCUCACUAAGGAGUGCAAUGGACAUCAAAAUAAUGAUAUCAAUUUUGCUUCAACAGAUAACCAAAACUUUUUGCAAUUUGACAUUAACGGUCAGACAGAGAACUCAGAAAAGGAAACUGUAAAAUGUGAUAGAUUAUUUGUUACAGAACAAAAUGAACCCUCUACGAUAAUAUCGAACGAAAAUGAAGUUUCAGAAAACAUGCUUAAAAUUGAAAAAAUAUGCAAAGCAGUACAAAAUCAUAAAAUAGAUAUUGAAAAUGAUAACGAUCCAGUUUUUGAGGCAGUUUCGAAAGAAUUAUCAGAACAUGAUGUUCCAGAGUUAAAAUUGAAAAAGAAAUUGAAUGGUGACUUAUUAGAAGAAAUUAAUUAUUCAAAUAAUGGAUUAAAUUGCAUAAAAGACAUUAAUCAAAACCUAAAAGACACUUUAAUUAAAAUAGACAAAAACUUCAAUGAAUCCAAUCAUACAUCCAGCGAUAUAAUAUGCAAUCAAAUAAAUGGAAAUUAUUUAGAAAAUAGCUAUACAAUAGACAAAGCAAUAGAAUUGCACAAAAAUCAUAAAAAUGGUGUUGAAGAAUCCAUUUUAAAUACCGAAAGAUUGUGUAAUCUAAAGGAAAUAAAUCAGACAGCAAUACCGUUAUACAAUAAUGAUGAAAAAAUUUAUAGAGAAAGAUUAUCACAUUCUCUUUCUGAUUCAAAUGAUAUUGCAAUAAAUGAAAAUGGUUUGGAUAAACAUAAGUCAACAUCUAGUCUUGCUUUGCAAUUACAACAAUUAGAGGAGCAACUAAGAAAAUUAGAUAGAAUUGCAACUCCUCCUUUAGUUUGUGAUGAACAGAUAAAUGGUUAUUACCAUUCCGAAACUGAUCUUAAUUCAUUAGAAAGUUCAGAAACAAAUUCAAGUACCUUAGAAGAUUCAUUAACAUCGCCAAAAAAUGAAACAUAUUGUAGUAAUACCAGUUGCUCAUCAGGAAUUGACUUUCAUGAUAAUAAUCAUAAUAUAUCACCAAUUUUUAAUGAACCUAUUACUAAUACUAAUUAUGCUAUAGAUUUAGAUCUCAGUUCUAGUAGUAAUAAUAAUACAAAUUCUAAAGAUUGUGAUAGCCUGAAUGUUACAAAAAGUUCUGAUGAUAAAAAAUGUUCAAAAUUGUUUCCUUGUCUAUCUGUAACAAAUGAAAUUGAAUCACCAAUUGCUUCCCAUGAUAUCAAAAAAUUUCCGUUAACACAUGCUGUUAAACAAUGGUUAGAACAUGAAACCAAAGAAAAAACUCCCGAACCCAUUUUAAGGCUCCCAGAUGAUCCAAAUUUAAAUAUAAGAAUUAAAUCGUCAUUAUCACUACAUCGGUUACAAAAUGAAGAUAACAAUGAAGACAAUUAUUAUCAGGAAGAUGAUUGUUGGUCAUUAACAGAUAAUAGUGAAGAUGAAGAAUACAGUGAUGGAACAGAAAUUGAAGAUAACGAAAAUAAAGAAGAUGAAAACAGCAAUAAAGAAAAUAAAAUAAAAAAGUCAAAAAACUUGAAAAGCAACCCCUUACAUGUGUCAUCUCUUAAAAUAAAUGAUGUUAAUAAUCAAAAUCAAAAUGAUAAUGAUAGUGAUUAUAAUAGCGAUAAUCCAUUAUCAAAUAUUAAAUUUGAAAUUUAUGAUGACAAUACAUGUGAGAGGGUUGCUACCAAAAAUAAUAAUAUUAAUAAAUCGGAUGAAAAUAUUACAAUAUCAUUAGAACAACAAAUUGAAUAUUAUUGGGAUGAUUUUAUUGAAAAUCCUUCAAAAUAUUUACAACAAAAUCCAAAACGAAAUUCUAUUUAUAAUAUUAAAAAUAAUAAUAAUAAUAAUAUUAAUGAUAAUAAUAGCUUAAAUUAUCGAAAUAAUGGCAACACUGUCUUAGAUACUAUGGAAUCUAGGUUUAGUAGCGGCAAUUCAUCAAUGAACGAAUUAAAUGAUUUAACCCCAUACGAAAGUCUUUAUGGUAAAAGCAUUAAUUAUAAUAAAUUACUAACAAAUCAUAACGAAUUGUUAAGUAAUAAUAUAAUUAAUUUUAAUAAUAACAAUAAAAAUAAAGAAAAUGAUCGUAAUGAUGAUGAUGAUGAUAAUUAUGUUGAUGAUAAUAAUAAAAAUUAUUUUAAUAAAGAAAAAUUUCAAAAAAAUUAUUCAAUUGCAAUAAAUCAUAAUAAUGAAAAUGACACAUCGCUUAAUAAAAAUAUUAAUUUAAAUAAUGAUAAUAAUAAUAAUUGUAAAAAUAAUAAUGAUAAUUGUAUUAAGCCACCUGAAGUUUGUUGCAUGUUAAUGUAAGAAAAUUUAUUAUAAAAAUAAACAAAUGGAAAAAAAUUUUGAAAAGAAAGUCAAAAAAAAACAAAAAAAAAAAAGAGAUAAAUAUAUAUUGAAAAAGAAAGAAAAAACAAACAUAAAAUAAAAUAUUAUUUACCUUUUACAUGAAAAUUACAAUAUACUUAUAAAAUUAAGUUCCAAUUUAUUCGAUUUGAAUGGUUUUAUAUUAUAUUAUAAUAAUUAACUGAGGAUAUUUAAUAAUAAUUUUGUUGAAAUUUCUAAUUUCUAUACUUUUAUUAUUUUCCAUUCAAAUUAUAACAUCACAUAUACACAUUAUAAACACAAUAUUAUACAUACAUAAAUAUAAAUAUUUUUUUCACCAUAAUUUUAUAAAUUUUCAAAAAUUUUUAAAAUAAUAGGUUUUAUUUUAAUUAUGCACUUUUAUUUGCUAAAUUCAUAUAAUAUACAUGCUCAUGUUAAUGAAAAAAUCGUAUACUAUUUUCAUACAAUUAAAAAAAAAAAAUAUUUUAUUUUACUUGUUAAACAAGGAAGUAAAGAAAUCAAUCCAAAGUUCCGUAAUGUGUGGAGCCAAAGCAAUGAAAAUAAUAUAAAUAUAAUUUUGAUGAUCUUCACCAAAAAAAAAAAAAAUUUUUAAAUCUUUCACAAUUAUAAAACAUUAAAUAAACUAAAAAUUAUUUUUAUAAUAAGUACAUAUAAUUAAAUAAGAUGAAACAGAAAAACAAAAAUUAUAUUAUUAGCUAUACUUCAUUUAAAUUCAUAAAAUCAGCCUACAUCUAUAAUAUUUUAUAGUACCUACAAUAUACCAUAAAUAUACAAAAACUUUAAUUUUUUGUAUUGCCUUUUCUAAAUGUAACACUAAAGUGUUACUCAUUUAAUAGAAAAUUUUAUUUCUACUGCAUAAAAUUUAUAUUAGCCUAAUAAUAAACAUGCAAACAAAUUCAAAUAAUUUU